AUGGAACUUACCAUGGAGAGCCUGGGCAGCCUGCACGGGGUGCCCCACUCGCAGGCCGGGGAGCUGAUGAGCCCUGCCCACGGCCGGCCGGCCGCCCACCGGAACCUGGUCCCCCACGGCCGGCCGGCCGUGGUGCCCAGCAUGGCCUCGAUCCUGGAAGGCGCCGGGGACUACCGGCCGGAGCACAGCCUGGGGGGUCCCCUGCACCCGGCCAUGAGCAUGGCGUGCGAGUCCCCCUCGGGCAUGAGCCUGAGCAGCACCUACACCACCCUGACCCCGCUGCAGCACCUGCCCCCCAUCUCCACCGUCUCGGACAAGUUCCACCACCACCACCACCCGCACCACCACCCGCACCAUCCGCACCAGCGCCUACCCGCCAGCGUCAGCGGCAGCUUCACCCUCAUGCGGGACGAGAGGAGCCUCUCCUCCAUGGGCAACCUCUACGGCCACUACCCCAAGGACAUGCCGGCCAUGGGGCAGCCCCUCUCCCCGCUGCCCAACGGCCUGGGCCCCUUGCACAACGCGCAGCAGCCGCUGGCCCCCUACGGCCCCGGAGGGCACCUGGCCAACGAGAAGAUGCUCUCCCCCAGCGGCUUCGACUCCCACGCGGCCAUGCUCUCCCGGAGCGAGGAGCACCUAGCCCGGGGGCUGGGGGCUGGGGGCGCCGGCAUGAUGCCCCCUCUGAACGGCAUGCACCCGCACGGGCACCACCACGGCCAGCCCAACGGCUCCCUGCUGGGCGAGCGGGAGAGGCAGGCGUCCGCCUCGGGCGCGCAGGCCGGCAGCUCCGGGCAGGUGGAGGAGAUCAACACCAAGGAGGUGGCGCAGAGGAUCACGGCGGAGCUGAAGCGGUACAGCAUCCCCCAGGCCAUCUUUGCCCAGAGGAUCUUGUGCAGGUCUCAGGGCACCCUGUCCGACCUCCUGAGGAACCCCAAACCCUGGAGUAAGCUCAAGUCCGGCCGGGAGACCUUCCGGAGAAUGUGGAAGUGGCUUCAGGAGCCUGAAUUUCAGAGGAUGUCGGCGCUGAGGCUCGCAGCCUGCAAACGCAAAGAACAGGAGCAGCAGAAAGACAGGAACCUGCAGCCCAAGAAGCAGCGGCUGGUCUUCACGGACCUGCAGCGCCGCACCCUGAUUGCGAUCUUCAAGGAGAACAAGCGUCCCUCCAAGGAGAUGCAGAUGACCAUCUCGCAGCAGCUGGGCCUGGAGCUCAACACCGUCAGCAACUUCUUCAUGAACGCCCGCCGGCGGUGCAUGAACCGCUGGCAGGAGGAUGCGGGUGCCAACCCUGGGGUUCCCUCAUCUUCUACAAGCACUUUCUCCAAAGCAUGACGCCCCUCUUCUGUCCCUCCCCGACCCCCAACCACUCCCUCCUCACGACAAAGCCAACCACAUCCCUCCCUCCCCACAUUCCACGACAAGCCACGCCAACCUUGGCCAUCCAGGUGGAUGCUCUUGGGUGCUGCAGGGAAGCCACCUCACCAAACCCAUCGUGCGGAGAUGCUGCGAUUUGCCCUCUGGACCUUGGCUUAGUCCCAUGUCUCGCUGCCACACACGAGCCCUGGAAGAAGCUCGCUUCAGAGGGGAACCAUUCGGAACAGGGCAGUUUCCUUCCCUUCAGAGCUCUGAGGAAUCUCCCCCAAUGGACUGAGUGACCCCCAGGCCAUUGUGGGGAAUGGGGGCUCCUACUUUUUGCAGCGGAGGAGACUGUGCCCCACCCCUGCCCCCCACGCGCUGCCACGUUUGCCGGGCUCAUCUUUCCAUUGCACAUUAUUGGCCUUUCCCCUCCCCCUGUAAGAUACAAGAUUUGAGGGGCAAGUUUCAGCCCCGCGCUCUCCACAUAUUCAGUCCCUGAGUAUGUCGGGGGGGGGGGAGAUUCGAGGCAUUCAGGUCCAGCCUGUCGAAGGCAUGUAGCGCUGAGGUGCCUGAUUCCCAUUGAUCUCAGUGACUGAUUUCAUCAGGAGUUCAGAUCCAAGGCCCUUCCCAAAACUCCACAAGGAACCUCUCUGCAGCUGUAGGCACCUGCAUACAUUUAAAUAUCUGACUCUUCAACCCCAAGGGGCAGGUGCCAGGGCACCUGGAGAAAGGGUACACUUUAAAGGUAACUGAGCACCCAAGGCUGGGGAGAGGGUAGGUGCUCUGCUCCCUUUAAAGUGUUAUUGCUCACAGGGGGAGCGGGGCAGUGUUACCUAGCAGUGAGAGCAUGGCAAACGGGCAAUAGGACUCCUGGGUUCUAAUCCCAGCUCUCCCGCUGGCUUGAUGUAGGGCACUUGGGAGAGUCCCCAAGCCCUCCGUUUACCUCCAACACCUGGUGUGCAAAUGCUUCCUCGGGGACAGGAGGCUUAACGGUGAAUGUUUGUGUCAAGCGCUUUCAAGACCCCGAAAUGGCCAGCAUGAGUGGAGAGCAAAGCACUGAUAGCCACAGAUAUCACUUAUUGCACACGAGCUAGCCCAGCGCAAGCGGUAGCUCCCCCUGGGGGGCCGGGCACAUGAGGAUGAGACCUGUAGGCUAUGAGGAAGAGAUCGCCCCUCCCACCCCCAUUCACUCCAUCCAUCCCCACCUUGCAGCCAAGAGACCCUACCUAGGGAAGAUUAUUUGAUCUUCUGAGGAGUGUUCAAGAGCAUCCAUCGCAGCCACCAGUCAUGACGCCACGUGCACAAAAGAGGUCCAAAAAAAAACCCCCCCAAAGAAAGAAAACCCCCAAGAGGAGAUCCUUUUCUCCUAGGAUUCCUUCCAAAGAUAUUCCAUGCCCAACGGAAAACGUGGAGACACUAACGUCACAACACUCCCCCAACCCCUGCUCACCUUGCUCCUAAAGCAGGGGACUCGGGAGCCAGCACAGGAUACUGCUACAUUGAAUUGCACUGUGUCACCUAGAGAUCAAGCAGGUCAAGAAGCACAUUUUAGCGACAUAAAUCGGGUAUAAAGAUAAUCCUUUCAAAAACCCAAGAGGAAAGACUUCGCCUGAAGGAUCUGCUCUUUCCUGGGGACUGGAUCAGUGAGACCAGUCUGGCUCAGCCAUGAUCUUCACCUUUAGUUCAGUUUUGGUUUAUAAGCAAACCCAAACAAAGCACUGUUUUGACUGCUUUGUGUCUCUCCUCCCCAUCCCCAACACAUGCACUGUAUCCUCCGCCCCCUCCCUCCCCGCCCCUUUCCUCGUCUCUGUUACCAAAGAAGGAAAAUCAAAAUCAUCACGGAAUCGACACUGGUGCACGGUGGAAAACCAAAAAGAUAUGGAUCCGUUUUCAAUAUAUCUCUAUAUAUACACACACGUUUCAUAUGUUUGUGUGUGUGUAUAUAUAUAUUUAUAUAUAGCGGGGGAGAAAUUGAAAAAAGAAAAAUAAACAAAAUAGGAAUUAAAACCAAAAAAAAAGCUCACCUAAAAACCCCCCGGCAACUUGCGAAAGACGACAGAUUUUUUUUGUGUGCCAAUUAACAACCUGCCUUAAAAGCGAAAUCCUAGAGAGAUGGUACUAGCUUCAAAAUUAUUGUUUCCUCUGAGCUCUCGAUGGUGACUUGUGCCAUAUACAAAGCAAUCACAAGGGAAGACGAUUAAGAUCUGCUAUGAACCAACUAACCCUCCCUCGCAUAUGCCUCCAUAAAAAACUCCAGUGCCUCCUUGGGGAGAGGAGGAGGUGUGGGAGGGAACAAGACGGGGUGGGGAGAAAGGGCAGGCCGCUCCCCACACUGGGAAAAAAAAAUUUUUAAAGGGACAAUAUUGAAUUGAUGCGGGUAAAACAGUACCAUCUUUGAUCUAGCGUUACGGUUUCUUCUAUUCACUUUACUUUGAAACAUGAUCUGUUGUGCAACAGUGAGGCACCUUGUUGAAAAGAAUGAAAGAUGGGGAAAAUAUCUAGCUAUCGCUAUAGAGACAGCUCUAGACACAAAAAUGGUAGAAAGAAAGAAAAGAAAAGAAAAGAAAGAAAGAAAUAGACCUACAAAUAAAUAAAUAACCUAUUGGUAUUAGAAUGGUCUCCAUAGGCUAUCGGGACGCCUUGUGACAGUCACACCAAAGCAAUCAUUGGAAAAGGUGAGGUUGGGACAAACCAAACGCAGGGGGGAGGGGAGGCUCAGAUCGAUAUGGUUAUGACCAAAUCACACGUAACAAUUUACUACAAGAAAAGAGUGAGCAAGCGCGAGAGCGGGAGGGAUGGAAGGCAAAGGCCAGGCACCACAUCACGUUCUGCCAACCAAAAGUCAUGGAAAAGCCAACGUCGUUUCCCUCCCUCCCCUGCUACCGAGACUCCCCUAACGUUGUUUCUUCUUGUCUUGUCGUGAAGCGGUGAUGGUGAUGGAUUCCUGAACCCCAUCUAGUAGUAUUCAAGGGCUGAGAAGCCAAGAAGGGGCCUUGGUUUGGGAAGUGACAAAAAAUUGAGUAAAGCAGGCCCCAAAGAUGCAAAGACAUUUCUAGUGAGAACCCGAGAAUAAAGGCUACCUCACUUGAGUUUUCAAUUUCUGUGAUUUGAAAAUCACGUCUGAUACCAAAGAUUUUGUUCCCCUUGUCUGGUCUGUGCUGGAAAUGCCACUUUCCCUGCUACCUUUGCGACAGGUAUAUGAGGAAAACCUUCCCCCCCCCUUUCCCUCCAUCCCCACCCCAGCCUCCUGCUCCUUUUCUGAGCCCUCCCGUGCAGCCCUUCCCAGCCCCUAGCGAGAAAGAGAGAGAGAACCGGAUGGUAGCAUGGUAGACGAGUGCCUUUUUCUUGUACCAAAGGUGUGUGGCCAUUUUAUUUUUUUUUGCUUCUUUGCUUUUGUCCUAGAGACUCACUAUUACCUCAGCUCUCUAAGCAGUUGGAUUCUGGCAAUUGUUGCAGCCUUUGGGUGUUGGGACAGAAAAAUACCCCACCUCCCAUUUCUGCUCCUCAUGUGCAGAAACGCCCCCUUACCUCCCCUUCACCCUGAACACCGCCCUGGCCCAACCCAUACUCCCUCCGCCAUCAACUCCCCCUCACUUAUCUCAGGCCAUGACCACCACCCCUUGUGCAGGCCUUACAUGACGUCAAGGGAUGAAAUGGGAGCUAGGUUUGUUUGAGGCUCUUUUGUAGCCUGGCAGAUGCCAAAGAAAUGUAAGUGUGUUUCACUGUUAAAAAUUCCCUUUCUCCUCCUCCUGUGUGGGACAGGGUGGUGCAUUCCUUGACCCUCCCUGGUCAGAGCCCAAGGAGUAGCAGCUACAGAACUUGGCAGGAUGAGGCUCCCAAAUACCAAGGCUAGAAACAGAAAGAAAGGAAUGGGGGGGGGGAAUUC